CCUAAACAGCCGAGCUCUAGAUGCAGUGGUUUCCGUACUGCAGCUUGUCUGCUUCCAUUUCGAUUAAUAACACGCCGAACUCCAGCACUACAAAGCGAGAACUCUGUGCUCAACACCAGCAAAAAGAUAUAUUAGCAGUGAGAAGCUCUGACUGACACAGGACAGUAGUUUAGUCUACAAGGACGGCCAUGAAGUAUGCUCGACUCAUUUUUGUAUUUCCGCUUUUCAUUUUGGGGCCCCUUGCUUCUGAGUCUGAUCCCAUAGUCCACAUUCACGAAGGCCCUAUCAGGGGGACAACACUCACUUCGAUCCGCAGCAACCGGCCCUUUUUCGCCUUCAUGGGGAUUCCUUACGCCAAACCUGCCGUAGGAGAACUUAGGUUCAAGUCCCCUCAGCCGGCAGAGCCAUGGAGCGGCUUACGGAACACUACAAAGGAGGGACCAUCCUGCCCACAGAGGAAUUUCCUUACCCACGCUUAUUUCGGCGAAGAAGACUGUCUGUUCAUUAACGUUUUCACGCCGAAGAUCUCGUUGGGAGCGGAUGGAGCCCCAGCAGCUGUGAUGGUCUGGAUACAUGGUGGAGAUUAUAUAUUGGGCUCAGGAGACAGGGCUGUGUAUGGACCCGACUUUCUCGUAGAUGAACAUGUAGUUGUUGUUACCUUCAACUAUCGGCUUGGAGUACUUGGUUUCCUGAGUCUGCAGAACAGGGAAGUUCCUGGCAACAACGGCAUGAAAGAUCAAGUCUUGGCUCUAAAAUGGGUGAAACGGAAUAUAGAUAAAUUCGGAGGAGACCCUAGCAACAUUAUUAUUUUUGGGGAGAGCGCGGGGGCAGCCAGCGUUCACUAUCACUUAUUGUCACCAAUGUCACGUGGCUUAUUCCACCGCGCUAUAUCUGAAAGCGGAUCUGCACUGAAUCCUUGGGCUUACCAAACACCGGAUGCCAGCGUCAAGUUGGCCUUUGAACUGGGAGAAAAAUUCGGAGCGAAAACGGUUGACCCUGGCAAGGUGCUAGAAGUUCUGAAGGCAGUGGAGCCAGAGAAGUUGGUGCACUUUCUGUCUACUGGCCUGCUGCAGCCGAAAGCUGAUGCCUUGAUCGGACCAACUUUAGACACAAAGGCUGCCAGUGAUGAAGUUUUCCUUCCCGAUACACCAAUGAAUAUCAUCAACUCGGGAGAGUUCUUGAAAAUUCCCUACAUAACCGGGAUAAACAAUGAAGAGGCGAUACUGGUAACACGGACAAUGAAACCCUUCUUGUGGCUGCUACGGCCGGUCGUGAAUAUUUUCGAGCUGGCACUUCCGUUCUACACCGGAGAGAAGAUCCCCAAGGCAUAUGACAUGGCUGUUGAAGUGAAGAACGAGUAUUUCAAUAAUUCCAGACCACUUCUUCUUCAGUACAUCGACGUUAUCACAGAUCUCUUCUUCACUAACGGAGUUUACUGCACCGCACAAAAACAUGCAGCCCUUUCCAGCUCUCCAGUGUUCUCUUACGAGUUCGCCUUCGACGGCACUGCAAAUGUUUUCAAGACACUGGCAGGCGGUGCAAACCUUCCAGGUGCAUGUCACGCAGAUGAAAUUCCUUACCUGUUCCGAGUUGAAAUGUUAAAGGUUGACCUUGAACCCGGGACUCCUGAAUACGUAACAUCUGUAAGGAUGGCGAAAUUGUGGACCAACUUCGCAAAAACUGGAUACCCCACACCCGAGCCAGACCCUCUGCUGCAGAAUGCCUCAUGGAAGCCAAUCAGCAAAUCAAAUUUCCCUUACUUGAGUAUUGACACUGACCUCAAAGUAAGAUACAGUUUAAAUAAUGGGCAUGCAGCCUGGUGGGCCAGACUGUACAAUAACUACAUCCCUGACGCGUCGCCAUGUUGGCCGUUCCAACCGGAAGCUGUAACAAAGAGAAGACUAGCCAGGCAAUAUUUAUAUGAGUCAGAAAAUGUGAAGAUGUACGACAGUAGGGCUAUGGCUUCGGUUAAACUUGCAAUCUUAACUCUCACAAUCUGCAGUGUGACGGGAACAGACCUUCCCACAGUCAGGGUGCAGCAGGGAACCCUUCAAGGAACAUAUUUCCAGACCGUAUGGGGCAAGGAAUGUCUCGCUUUCCUGGGCAUUCCCUAUGCUAAGCCACCUGUUGCCGAUCUCCGAUUCAGGGCACCACAACCACCGGAAUCAUGGGAAGGAAUAUACAACGCCACCGUCGAGAGAGAUUGGUGUCCUCAGCGCCAUGUAAUGGCUAACACGUACGUGGGCAGUGAAGACUGCCUUUUCUUGAACAUAUACACACACAAGCUACCGGAGAAUGCAAGCGACUUGAAAGCGGCGAUGGUGUGGAUUCAUGGCGGGGCUUUCAAGUUGGGAACUGGAUCGAGUGCCAUGUAUGGGCCUGACCACUUCCUUGAAGAGGACAUUGUCGUAGUAACCAUUCAGUACCGCAUUGGAAUUUUAGGGUUUCUAAGCCUGCCAGAGGCUGGAAUUCCCGGUAACAACGGCAUGAAGGACCAAGUGAUGGCUCUGAGGUGGGUGCAAAAGAACAUCGCAAAGUUCGGUGGCGACCCUAACAGGGUGACCAUCUUCGGGCAGAGCGCCGGGGGUGCCAGUGCCCACUUCCACUUACUGUCUCCGAUGUCUUCAGACUUGUUUUAUGGAGCCAUCUCACAGAGUGGAUCGGCUCUAGCGCCCUGGGCCUACGCGGAACCUGAAGCAGUGAGCAAAGCGGCCUUCGAGUUUGGCAAGAACGUGGGUUGUGAAACUAAUAACGCCACUGAACUGCAUCACUGCUUACUGCGACAGCCGGAGACAUCGCUGGUUGACGAGGCAAGCAUGAAGGUGCAGUUCGUGCCAACACGUGAAUCUUCCAGUGAAAGCGGCGAGGAGAAUUUCCUCACAGAACAUCCAAAAAAUAUAAUCUCUGCUGGAAAAUUCCAGGACGUUCCGUUCGUCACGGGCACAAUCCUCUAUGAGUCAGCAUUCUUCCUGGAAAUGUUGUCUGUAACACACACCGAAGAUGUGGUCAGCUGUUUAAGGAUUUUUGCUGGGUUAAUUCCCAAUCUACCAGAACCAGCCGAAAUAGAAAAGUUCCUUCCGAAAAUAAAGAGCACAUAUUACAAAAGGAACACAACAACUGAAGAGGGAACGACAGAUCUGUUCACAGACCUAUUGUUCCUGUUUGGAGCGCACCAAACUGUGCGGAGGCAUGCCGCCAUGUCGUCAUCUCCAGUCUAUUAUUAUCACUUCACAUAUGAUGGGGACUUGGCGUUCACAAAACAAAUCGGCCUGUUCUCUCGGAAAGGACCGACUCACGCUGACGAACUUGGGUAUGAGUUCCACGCCUUCUUCUCUCCAGAGCUGGAUGUCGAGUCCGAAGACAGUAAAAUAUUGAGAAGAAUGGUGAAGCUGUGGGCUAACUUCGCCAAAUAUGGAGACCCCACACGGGAGCUGAACUCGGAGCUGUCCGUCAAGUGGGAUCAUAUGACAAAGGCGAAUGACGCUUACCUGAAGAUCGACAAGGAACUGAGCAUGCAACGCGACCUGCAAAAAGAACGCAUGGCAUUGUGGGAAGAGAUAAUGGCUUCUACAAACUGAUAUUGUUCUGUUUUUCUUUUAUAAUGUACAUCAUACGCAUAAAAUUUAAAUGAUUUCUGGCAUAAUAUAAACAAACUAGAAAGAAAUUUGAAUUGUCAGUUGCAGUCAGUUUGAACAUUCACCACAUCUAGAGAACUUUCAGAAAAAAAUGCAAGCACAGAUGGAGCAAAUGUCGUCACUUCAUAUGAAAGACAUGUGACUGUAUCUUCCGGUUGCAAAAUAAUCCUAUUUAUAAAUUGUCAGAGAUAAAUAUCAGGGAAGUUGAUAUCUUGUUACCACAGUAGAAUGUUUAAAACUUAUAUAUUUGUAGGAAAAAUUAAUAAAAUGGGGCACAUUUACAGAGACGAACCUCUGGUGACCGAGAACUCCAAGUCUUAGUAAAAAUUUUCGACGGUAAUACGGCUAGGACUAGCUCAUAUGUGUAUAUAUUGAUAUGCACUUCAUGGAGGCUUUAAGACAGUUGCAUUGUCCCUUACAACGCACAGUAAACAGUUCAGUUAAAUUUAGAAUAAGACACUUAAUUAAGUAAUCUAAAAUGUAUUGCCAUGUUCACAAAAGCCCUCUACUCUCCCCUUUCCAGAGCCGAAUGAAUCCAGUGUAGACUACCUAUAACACAUGCAAACUCUAAAUUUGCUCAUUAACGUUUAAUAUAUAUAUGUUUGUAUAUUUUUUCUGUAUGUCAUUGAAAUGUCAAAAUAAAAAGCAUGACAAAGUG